UCGUCUAGUUUCCAUGCCUUUUCGUCUUUCCUCUCUCUCUCUCUCUCUCUCGUUUUCUCGUUGGAGUGGUUGUAUUUGCAUACAUGACCUCCAUUCCAUGCCCAAGACUUCUUCAAUUCCACUGUUCCAUGCCUCGCCCUCCCAAUCGCAGAAGAAACUCCAGAAGAAGAAAAACCUCCUCCUUCACUUCCAAACCCUCUUCUUCUUCUUCUUCAAAUCCAUCUUCCUCCAACUCCAAUUACGUGGCGGUGGUGAUCGACCUUGAGCGGCUCUCUCUCUCCUCCUCCAACUCCCAUCUCCGCCGCCUCAUCGCCUCCGCUGACGACGCCCUCACCGACCUCCGCACCCUCGUCGCCCUCGACGACGCCGGCCGCCUCCUCGUCUCCUGCCGCCGCUCCACUCUCCGCUUCGUCGCCAACUCCCUCCUCUUCUCCUGCGUCGUCGUUUUGGGCUUCAGAGCCCUCUUUUGGCUGCUCUUCAAAAGGACCCACUCUUUCGGUGGCGGCGGCCAUGUGGUUGUGCGGAGGGACAGGAGUCUCGGAGGAAAAGAGGUUGUCGUCGCGAGGACGCCGCCGGGGCCUUCUUCUUCUACUCGGAGAGCUUUGAGUAGUCCGUUGUCGGCGGCAAAGGAAGGUGUGGGUCUUGUUGGUGGGACUGAGACUAGGGUUUCUUCGAGGGAGAAGAGGUUGCCGAAAUGGUGGCCGAGUUUGGAAUUGGAUAAGCAAAAUUGGGAUUCUGAUUCUUCCGAUGGAAUUUUUGAUAAGCAGGAUUAUCAGAGGGACGCCGACAGAUUGAUUCGAGCAAUCACGGACAAUAGAAUGAGCGGAAAGGACAUUGUAGCAGAUGAUAUUAUUCAAUUACGUCGAAUAUGCAGGACAUCAGGAGUGCGAGUCUCCUUUGAUACGACAAAUACACGGGAUUCAUUCUAUCGCACAGCUGUCGAGUUUAUGUUAAAUGUUUGUGGCAGGGCACCAACUUAUUCAUCCCUUAUUCAGAUUGAUGGCGAAGAUAUCCGGCAAUUUAUUGCUGGUCUUGCUGAAAACAUUGGGCUCGAAAAUACUCGUGCCGCGAGAAUUGUGUCUGCUGCAGUGGCAGCGCGGACACGUUCACUAUUUUUACAAGCCUGGGCAUUGGAAAUGCAAGGUAAGCAUGAUGAAGCAAUGUCGGAACUAUCAAAGAUAUGCCUUAUCUUGCGAAUAUUCCCUCCAGAGGAGUCCUCGCCUGAGAUGGAGAUGGUGGCUCGAGGCCUGGCAAAGCACCUGAAACUAGAGCAGAGGGAGUUUUUGAUGAAUAUGCUGGUCGGUUUUUGUGACGAACAAAGUCGGAAAAUUGCAGCGGAAGCCUUGGGUUUGAUGUCAUCUCCUACUUAUUAUAUCGGCGAUCAACAGUAGAAGAGCUAGUACAUGAAAAACAUUAGCAAGCUGUAAAUUCGUUUCUUUCAGGAUUGAAUUCAUGGCAACUAAAUAGGUUUAGUUCGUUAUUUCAGUUUCUUUUUUGUUAACUGGUCAGUAGAACAGGUUAUUAUUCAUUUAUGCCCCCUAGUUAGUUUAUAAACCAAAAUUAACAGCUAAUAAAUUUCUGAAUC